GCAUAUGAAUAAUGUCUAGACAUUAGCCAAUCCAAUCGAGGCAAAUGUCAGAAUAGUUUUACGUGAACCAUAGCAACCCGUAAUGAGAAAAGCAAAACGACAGAAAACACAUGUGCUAAAAUAAUUAUUACACAAUUCACACCGAAAUGUGAGCAAAGUGCAACAAUAACAACAGAAGCAGCAAAAAGCGAAGCAAAAAAAAAAACACCGAAGACGAUAUCAAGUGUGGGCAACAACGAGCGAGUGAGUGUAGUCGUCGGUCGACAAUAAACAACAUCAACUUUACCUUACGGUUGGGUGGAGGCGACGUACCACUAAAUAGAAUAAGUAGGAAAAAAGCAAAAAAACAGCAAAAGGAAGAAUAGGUACAGAUGCGAAAGUGUGUUUUCAAGUGUGUUUUCCGUAAGGCAGAUCGGCUUGUUCAAACAAGGUGUGUUCUAAGCUUGCUGUGUGAGAAAUUCUGCUACCGACCAUACACCCAAGUGUUCGACUUUUAAUUAAACCUUCACGCUUCACGAGAGCUUCGGUCGACUGUUCAAGGGAUGAAGAAGCGUAAUUAACAAUUGGAUAGAUUGGUGUUGUGCAGAAAACAUCAGCGCUGUGGAAUUGCUAUCGAUUACUUUUCCUGUCUUGGACCUUAAGGAGCUUCCAGUUAACAGCCAGUUGAGCAGUCACAAAAAAAAAUACAAAAAAUAAGGAACGAAAACACUCAUCUUAAAUCACGACUACCGUGUACCGCUUCACCUUUGCCCUCCAACCUCUUGUUGAUGGAGCCCCAACAGCCGCUCUAGUUGUAUCGUCGUCUCCUAGACAAGACAGACUCCAGCUAGACCCAGCUUGAUUCGAACAUCGAUGCAUGGAAAGGCUUCCUUUUGAACCAAUUCUUCUAGUGAUAGUGAAGCUUUUUUCCCUAAAAUAAAGUUCAAUGAUUUAGUAAACAAUUUUCUAUUUAAAAAAAAUAAAACGAGUAGUGUUUCUCGAAACUAGUUCAUCCGAAUACGCUAAGCUAGGGAGUAAGUGAGAGUGAAACGUACGUAUUAUAUGAGUGUGAGUGCAUGCGGAGGGGAUUAGUCACAAUGAAUUUGCAUCGGCGGAGGCACACGUUUUGCCUGGCCCUGGCGCUAUGCUGCAGCAUCAUCAGUAUUACCUCGGCGGAGGACUUCCAGUUUGCCAGCGAGAAGGAGGAGGAAAUUCAGCCGAUGUUGGCAAAACCCGUAGAAGUAGUUAGUAAAGCUCAACCCAUCAAAUCAAUUUAUUCCAAGGAGAAAACGCACUGUCCAUCAUCUCAAAACAAAAUCAUCCUUUCGCUGGUGCUUCGAUCGCACAGUUGGGAGGAAAUUGUCGAGAAGAAACGUCAGAAAGCGAUCAACAAGCUGUCGAAAUUCUUCCUGGUUCCCAAGGAAAACUUCAUCAUCGACGACGUGGGCCGGGCCGAUAUUCACGAGAUGACCAGCAAUGCGAUCCGCCGGGGACGAAAUAGCUUCCCGGGUGGCAGCAGCGCCGUUGGCAGUCGAAAGCUUGGCCGAAUUGGAUUUUUGAUUGGCUGUGGGAAAACGAUUUUCCCGGAGGAAAAGCUGAUAGCCAACACGGUGGCACAGCAGAUGAAGGAGAAAGCGCUGGAUGAUAUUUCCGGUCUCGAUUUCGCCUGGUGGGCCAUCUGGAGCAAACAGCAUCCGACGGGACGCCAUCGGUCCCAAUCACAUUCGCAAUCACAGCUGCCCCGGCGAGUCAAACGACAGCAAGCCGCCGACGGGUUCGGAAACGAUGAAGAGGAAGACGAUUACGAGGAUUAUUACGAUGAUGAGGAUGAGAUUGAACCCACUGAAGUGCCUCAGCAUGCGCAUCGUCAUCAUCACGGAGAUAGCUCGUCACCUGUUCACCCCCCGCCAAGUAUCACUUCCACUAGCACUAGCAGCAGUAGCUCUCCCAAGACAAGUGGGGGCGGCGACGUUGGCGGCGACAAGAAGGGAUCGGCCAUGGCGGCGGCACUUCCGACGACCGAUUCCCACAGCAAAAAGGGUAAGAAGCUUGAUGGUCAUCAAUCUGCGGGGGCCAAAACUCAAACCGAAUCGAACGACCAGUUCGAUUUUACUCAGGCCGAUAUACGGGAAAGUGUCUCGCAGCUGGAGUCAACGAUUAGCAAGACCAUUGAGAACAACGAGGAACUGAAGAAGGAGGAGGAGAGUUUGCUGGCGAAGAAAGCUUCCAAACACAAGAAGAUCGAUAUCGAACGGAUAGUGGAAACCGAGCUGAUGCUUCCGGAUAUUGAACAGAUGAAGAGCGGCCGGGAUGUUUUCCGGGACGACUAUGUGAUAGAAGAUGUGGCGGUGACGCCCACUGUGAAAAAGCACUUUGCUACGAAGACGACAACCCGGAUGCCAAUGACGACAUUGAGGACGUUGAGUAGUAGUAAAAAAUCCACACCCUCAUCUUCCGCCACGACCGAAACCACAAGUAAGUUCAUCAAAAGUUCAUCAACAAGUUCCCGGGGCUUGACAACGAUGAUGACCAGUUGGCCCAGCACAGCAUCGACCAGUAAAAUCUCAAAAGUUGAGCCCACCACCACCCCUCGAAGCACUUCCGCCACGACGCCGGAAACGAGCUCAAUCAAUUCUGUUGUCUCUUCCUCCAUUGAUGACGAUUCGUCUAAAGAGGAUAAUUUAUCCAAUCAAGGGCUCUCACCUGACACUAAAUCGACACCAAUCAGCUCAACGACUACGAGGAGGACGGCAACGACAACAGAAAAGAUGACGACGACGCCGAAGAGUACCACAAAAAAGGCGGCAACGACCACAACUGAGGUCACAACGACGACCACAAGAGCUAGCACAACUCCUCCUCCAACAACCACCACCACUUCCGUCGCGACGCCAUCAACUGACGCCGCCGCCGCCGCCGCCCCCACCCAACUGGAAGAGUUUAAAAAAGAAACAGUCGAAGAGGUGUCCACCAUUUCUGCCUCUAACAAUCCGGCCGUCGCCGUUGGCCAUCAGGGACCGGCUAUCACUCGGUCUUCCGGUGGCAGCUCCAGUCCAUCAACAGUCGCCACUAACCAACAUCCUCCAAAUAGUAAACAAAACUAUAUCCUUCAACCACCCUUACUAACCACAAUUCCGACCGAUGGUGGCGCCAGCAGCAACAUCAAUAGUCGACAAGAGACGGCCGACGACGACGACGAAGAAACCGAAGCCGACGUUAAGCUAGACGCGAUGGAUGCGAAGCUAUUGCCGUCGAUACUGGAUGAUGCAACGGGCAACUCGGACAGUUCAACGAUUUCUAUCAGUUCUACAUUGCCUGCGACCCUGUCCAGUAGCAGCAGCCGUCAUGACUCGAGUCACGUAGGAACGCCAGCUUCAUCAAACCAGGAUGUUCUACUGGAAGAAGACGCUGCUAGCAACGAAGAGGAGGAAGAUGACGCUUACGAGUAUGAAGACUCAGUCAUUAUUACCGAACUUCCUAAAUCGGUGGUUCCCGAAGUUGGUACUUCGACGCUCUCGGUAACGAAGGAAACGAUUCCUCUAGAAACGGUUGAAACCAAAUCUAGUACCACACCAAUUCCGCCGAGUACUUCCUCUACAACUACUACUACUACUACUACAGAAAUUCCUUCAACGACUACUUCAACCACUCCUACAACUACAACCACCACAACGACAAGCAUCACUACUGAAGUCGCAACGACACCGCUGCUUGAGCUCGUAACAGUGCCAUCUAGAGUGGAUUUAGUUGAAACUACCAGCUUGGAUACCAUUACUAGUACUGCGGCAACGGGCAGUUCAGCUGCCGUAACUUCCACUGCUUCCUAUGGCAACACUGACACUACUACUCUCGUAUCAAAGAUCACCACUCCUCCGACGAGUGUAAGUAGCGUCAGCGGUGGUGCUGGUAAAUCAUCAGGCAAAUCGAAGGAAGAUACCUACGAGGACAACUACGACGACGAGUACGACGAUGAGCUGGAGGAGGAAGCAACGACGAUUGCGGUGCCGACCGAGGGCAGACAAGCGCCUGGAGGUGGUGUUGUGGUCCCUACUACUGAGUCCACUACUCCAGAACCGGCUAUUUCAUCAACCGUACCAAGUACCAGUACUACACCGACUACUCCGCCAACCACAACCGAGAGCACUACACCUUCAACCACCACUACCACAACAACUGCGGCACCGACAACAACGUCCACUCUCCCAACGACAACCGAACUGGACGAACCCACCAACCUGUUCCCGAUCAUUAAAAACCGCAUCCCGAAACAGGCAAUCAUCGCCGGCAAAGUUUUCAGCCUUCCGGUACCACUGGAGACGUUCUACGACAACGAAGACGGCAACAACCUGCGGCUGGAUCUGUUCGACAGCAACGGCAAUCAGCUGAAGCACAGCUCCUGGAUUCAGUUCAACCCCGUCACUCGCGAAAUCUACGGUCUUCCACUGGAAAAAGAUGUAUCCAAGUGGCACUACAUCCUGCAGGCCACCGACUCUGGAGACAAAACCGUCAACGAAACCGUCGAUAUCUCGGUUCAACAGCAUAAAUCGCAUCGAAGUGUUAACCAUGAAAUCAGCUUGGCUCUGAGACUGCAGCAGAAAUUCACCAAAAACGUCGACUGGCAGUUGCAGGUCAUUCGCGGUAUUGCUAAAGUCCUUGGAGAUGUCACUCUCACCAAUGUGGUGGUCCGAGAAGUCCGCAACAGUAUUCAGGACCCCAACCUGGCCACCUUCGUUUAUACCAACGAAACCCUGCCCAAGGAUCGCUGCCCCGAAGAAAAGCUGGACGAGCUGGUUGCCCAACUUACCGAAACUGCCCUGAACGAAGUCCUCAAGCCGGACAUCCUAGUCAAAUCAGUGCAAGGACAGCAGAUCGGUCAAUGUCUGAAGUCGGUCAUUCCAAGAGUCAAACCAACUCAGUCCACCAUUGCAACGAAAAAUUUUGCUCCGACCACCCGAAACCAAGUCGAUCGAGUCAAUGCAACCGUUGGACACCUGUUGGUGUUCAAGGUUCCAACGGAUACCUUCUACGAUCCCGAAGAUGGUGAAGAACUCAAACUGAAACUGCUGACCAACGAACGCAAUCCGCUCGAUCAGUUCCAUUGGUUGCAGUUUGACUCCAAGAACAACGAAUUCUAUGGUAUUCCGAGGAGUUUUGAUGUUGGACAGAAGGAAUACUUACUAAUUGCCGAAGAUCGCGAGGGAUUAACAGCAACGGACGCACUCAUCGUUGUCGUCCAUCAACCACACCAUAAACGAGAGCAGAGCGUCCUAUUUGAACUGACUCUGGACACAACCCACGAACAGUUCACAAUAGCCCUAGCGCAGCGUCGUUUCAUCGAGCGGCUAGCUCAAGUCUUCGGCGAUGCCAACACCAACUACAUUCAGAUAAAAAAUAUUCGACCAAUCCACCACACUGGACAAAUUCAGGUGACCUUCUACAACACGACGCUCUACCGUCAGCAUCAACGCUGUCCGGACGAGGAAAUCGAAGCCCUGAGGAACAUCCUCCUCUACCCAGACGGCACUAUCCGAGCCAAGGUACGAGAGAUCCUCGGACAGGAAUUCAGCCUCCAAAACGUUAGCCUUAUCCCGAUGGGUACCUGCCAAGGUUACGACACACCCAUCCACGUUACCAACGAACCUGAAAAGGCUCAACCUCCUCCAGUGCCCAAAGACGACUACCUACUCACAUUUGUCCUGCCGGCUGUGAUAAUCCUGGCCAUGUUGCUGAUCGCGUCCCUCAUCGCCUGCGUCCUCUACCGACGAAGGCUCACCGGCAAGAUGGAACUUGAAUAUAUCAAUUUCCAACCUAUCGCCUCCUCCCAACCAACCAAUUCUUCCCAAGGUACCGACGAGGAGCGCAAGUCGUUCCGCUCCAAGGGCAUCCCGGUGAUAUUCCAGGACGAGCUGGACGAGAAGCCGGAGAUCGGCAACAAGUCGCCGGUGAUACUCAAAGACGAGAAGCCGCCACUGCUGCCGCCCUCGUACAGCAGCACCAACAAUGAUGGUGAUAACGAGGACGUCGACGAGUACGUCCCGCCGCCGGCCGUCGUGAUGGGCGGACGCGAAUCCCGCGGCAAAUCCCCGGUUACCCCGUCCUACCGGAGGCCCCCACCGUACGUGUCCCCUUAGAAGCAAGCCCCGGGCGUUGCCGCCGCCGGCAGCCACACCAAUAGAAGCAUGAUGAUGGGCAAUGGUGGCGGCAGCAACAGCAACAGCAGCAGCAUUAGUGCCACAACAACAACGACCACGACGAUGACGGCAACGACCAAGACGAAAAUCGGGAAUGGCGCUGCCGUUCCUCAGCCGCCGCCACUUCCUACCUACAAUCAGCCGCCAGCGACGGCGACGGCGGCGUCGGCGGCUGGGUUUUUCCGAGGAUCAGCCGCUGUUGGUGGACGACCGAUCCUUCGGUAGAUUUUAAGUGAUGGAAGAGUUUUGGAAAAAAAAAACUAGCACAGGGGUGGUCGUCUUUCGAAAGGAUGAACAGUUAAGAGAAGAAUUUCGUAUUUUUGUAAGAAGUGACAGGAAGGAAGGGAGACGUAAAUCAGAAUCGGAUACUAGCUGAAGUAAUCAAUUUAUAGUCAUCAACCGUACGUUAAGACUCGAAGUUAUAUAUGAUCAUUAUUGGCAGAUAGCGCUUUUUUUCGUUUUCUUUUUGUUUAUCAAAAACCAAUGGUGAAAUAACACGUUUUUCGUUUAUACUUGUACACUAAUUGAUUCGUAAGCCGACAGUAGAACUUUCCUUUUUUUUCAAACAAGCCAGAUAGUUUCAACCUUUUCAAUCCCUCGAGGUUGUCUUAUAAUUUUUCGUGAAAAAAUUUACCCCGAGGGAAACGCACAAUCAAUUAUAACGAUUAGUUAUUAGUUAUAACUAGAGUUUGAACCAACCUUUUAUUGAAAAAAAAAUCAACCCAAGCAGUAUAAGAGAGCUUAAAAUGAUAGAAAAUUUAUCACAUACGAAUCAGUUUUUUCCCUAAACAAAAGUAAAACAAAAAUACAAUCGGCUAGAGGUAGGAUUAAUAUUAUUAAAACAAACAAAAAAAAAUAAGUAUGGAUAUUUCAUCCCGAAUUAAGAUUUAAAGUCUUCAUCGUAAAAUAUGGAUUAAAGUACUAACAAGAAGAAGAGGAAAGAAGAAAAAACACGAGCGGGCUUGUGAUUUUAUAAAUUACAUCAAAGCCGACAGUCGCAGCCGACAUUUAUCAAAAAUUCACGCUAAGCUGCUAAAUGUUUAGAGCGUAAAGCAACUGCAACUGCAUUAUUCGAUUAUCGGGACGAAGAAAAAAAAAACGUGUGUGGGUGAGCGUGCGCGAUUAAAAAAAAUAAUCAUUUUGAGUAAAUUACACAAAAAAAACAACGGAACACGACUUGCGACGAUCGCAAGAGAUAAAACUUGUAAAAAUUGAUCAUUAUUUCUUAGGAGCAUACAACAUGUAGGAUUAUAUACAGAUAUAAAUGUAGGCCAAGCGAAAGUAAAGAGAAAAAAACAAAUUAUUGUGACAAAAAAACACAACAAACUCGUACCCAAAUCGAAGGAAAAAAAUUGAAAUGUACCCUGUACUAAAUGGAAUGAACUUACUUCAACCCUGUUUUCCUAAAAGCUUUUACAGAACCAAACCGAUAAGGGUGUCAAACCUCCAAAAUAGAAAUCGAAUAGAAACCACUUUCGUAAAUUUGUAGCACAAGCUAAGAUCUCAUAGAUCCAUUUUUGAUUUUGUAUCUUGGUUUUUUUAAUUGAAAAUCUCUUAUUUGUUGAAUUACAGUCUUGGUCAAAUUCGAAAAAGCAAGUUAAAAAAAUUUCCAUUAACAAAAAAUGAAAGUUUGAGCUACAUUAAAAAUCAAUCUCCAAUGCAACUUUAAUUUUAUUUUUCAUAAAAUUUCUCAACACUCGCAACAAACUGCCAUAUUUUGUGAGAAGAAAGAUUUAAACGUUUGUCAAUGCUCGAUUCUCGAAUAUCGUUUUCUAUUUAUCCCUAAUUUUGGAAGUUUUUCCCGAGAACAUUUGGAGUAAAUCGAGAUAAGAUUUCCCCGGGCAUCGAAUUUACCCCCUCAAGCAGGACCACGCCAAAUAAAAAUAAAGCAUUUAACAAACACAACCAUUGGUUUCCAUACAUUGUAAACGUAAAUAUCAAGAAUAAAUAAGCACAUCCAUUUGAAGAAAAAAAAACAACAACGAUUUUACAGCUGAAAAAAUAGGGAAAACAAUCAGAUCCAUUUACGAAUUUGAAAAUGGGAAAACAGUCAAGUGUUUGGUCAUAGAUUUGCUUUUUCUGUGAAAUAAUUCAGAAAAAAAUCUUAUAAAACAUAUUUUCAAUCGACGUAAGGAUAUUGUCUUAUUUAAUUUAGAACUCUAUUCGAAAAAAAACCUAUGUAUUUUGAGAUAACGUGAAGGCAGAAAACUUUGUUCUUUUGUUUCGAUAUUCACGAUAAAAAUAAAAAUUAUUUAAGUCAAAACAACUUACUCAUCUGUACAGCUGUUUCGUUUAGAUGUAUUAUUGGAUCAUUAUUACGCAAAUGCAAAACAAAAAACGCCCAUAUUUCAAAUAACACACGUGUAGAAACAAGAAGAAAAAAAACAAAACUUAAGCGAAUAUACAAUUACGUACGUACUUUAAGUAUACUCUCUGCACCGACGAAGCUUAUUCGAUCUCUUUGUACUGCUAACAUCCCUCUGAAUUUUUCUAGACCCCCAAUCAGGAGAGAGAAAAAGUGAAAGUAAAAGGAAGCCCGAACCAAAAAUCUUACUGACUACCUAUAUUAUAGAAAAGAAUAAAAAUCAACCUUCCAGACUGAUCAAAACAACCCAAAACACUCACAAACAACAAGCACUUUCAACUUGAAUCAAUCUUAAACAAAAAAAAAAACAACUAAAGCAGGAAACUUUUCAAACCAUACUUGAACAGCAAAAAAUGAUAUGAAACGAAUGUCUAACCAAAAAAAACAGUGUCCACCAUGUGUCUAAAAUAGAAAACAAAAUGUUAAAUUAAUGAAAAUAAAAUCACAUCCAGAAACACACACAAAAGAAAAGAAAAACGGAAAGCAAAUGCCAGAAUAGAACGAUUAAAAUAGAAAAAAAAACAAUGACUCAAAACAUUAGCGAGAAACUUUACAACAAGCUGCUGUAUUAAGAUGGGAAAUAGUUUAUACUCAAGCACUGAUAGAGAAAUAUACAUGAGAAAAAAAAACUAAAGUAUAAAUCAAUUGAAGAAAAAGCCAAGACAAAUGUCUUCGUCAAAUGCCAUAUAAAAGUUUCACACGAGUCGUUCAAGAAAGAGAUAAAAUAGUAAAUGCACACAUACAGUCAAACAAAGCGAACUAGGUACCUAGUUUAUAGUUAAGGGUCAAUAGAGAAUCUCCCGAAAACGGACAGCUCCGAACGAAUGAAACUCACGAAACGUAAACACAACCAAGAGGGGAAGUUUGGAAGGCAGAGGAAGGCAAAGAGUAGAAAAAAAACGACGAGAUCGGACGGGAUUAGUACUAAGUAUGCCAAUAAGAAAUCCCGCGAACAGCUUCUUUCAAAAAAGUGACAAAACUGUGCGAAAUAAGAGAGAAACGAAAUAGAACAGAUACCUUUAAUGUCCGUUAGUCGGAUGUUGAGUGUAAGAAAUAAAACAGAUACAACCACACACACAAACUCACAUGCAGACACAAACUAACGCAAAGAACAGAAAUGAGAGGAGGAGAAAAAAAAACAAACGAGUAACCAAAUUGUACAUUUUUUUAAUAAAAUAUAAGAAAAGUAAA